AUGAAAAUCACAUUUUUCUGUGCUGCAUUCUUCUUCCUGGAUCUCUUAAUUUGCUGUAAUGCUUUUGCACAAAAUCCCUUGCCUGACAUAGGAGAUGCUAAUUUUAUUAAAGACUGUGUGACAGCUCACAACAACUUUCGAUCCAAAGUGAACCCACCAGCCAGCAAUAUGUUUCGCAUGUCCUGGGACCCUGCUUUAGCGAAGACUGCCAAAGCAUGGGCAAAGAAGUGCAAGUUUAAGCAUAAUAUCUAUCUUAAAAAGCCAGGGAAGGUGCAUCCGACCUUUACACCUGUUGGAGAAAACAUCUGGACUGGCACAGCCACCAUCUUCUCUGUGGAUACAGCUAUCCGUGACUGGUUUAACGAAGUUGGAAGCUACCAUUUCGAUACCAAUAGCUGUACUGACAAGUGUGGUCACUAUACCCAGGUCGUUUGGGCCACAAGUUACAAAGUUGGCUGUGCAGUUCACUUUUGCAAUACAAUUGAAUACUUUCCAGGAAUUUUCAGAGCAGCACAUUUUGUUUGUAACUAUGGACCGGCAUAAGUCAGUUAUGACCUUUUGGGGGGGAAUUACCCAACAAAACCAUAUAAAACAGGACGGCCAUGCAGUGGAUGUAGUAAUGACAAGUGUGCAGACAAUCUCUGUGAAAACAUAGAACGUGAGAAACUGAUAAGCUCUACCAGCUGGUACCCAGACUGGGAUACACAGCCCCAGCCACCACCAGAUAUCCCUAGGCCUCCUGCUCCUCGCCCUCCAGUCCACCCGCCCACCAUGCCUCCGCGCAUCCCGCCUGUGGAGCAUCCACAUCCCUCGUGUGACAACUACUGCCUUAGUCUUUCAGUUCUAAGGCCGAUAUUUUUGGUACUGAGUGCUGGUGGUGGUCUUCUAGUACGACAGUGGUAUCCCCAUAUGUUUAUAUAUGAGUAA